CUAACUCAACAUGGAGGAGACCAAUAUCAGGUUUUUGGUCUCUACAGUUCCUUUAAAGAGUGAGGAGGAUAAAAAAAAACAUUCCAGGAACCCAGAUUUAAAGACUCACAGUUCAAGCUCUUCAAAGACUGUCGUUAGUGAGGAUGAUGAAGAAGAUGGUGAAAUGACCAAUCCUGACUCUCUACUAAAGAACUCAUCAGACUCUGAAUCAGAACAUGAAGACAGUAUGAAAGACUGGAAGGAGAGCAGGGCUCCUGAAUCGGAGGUAAAAACUGUUAACAAAUCUUUGAGCUGCUUUGAGUGUGAUAAGCAGUAUGUCAGUAACCGGACUCUUCAAAAACAUAUGACAAGUCAUUCAGGAGUGAAGUCUUCAAGCUGUAUGCUUAAAAAGAAAUGUGUUGUAGAGAAGAAAAAUAUAGAGUCAUGCAGCAAAGUCCAGCCAAAGCCAAAAUCAAUAAGCUGUGAUGACUGUGGUAAAAUAUUUACUUUCAACUCACAUCUAAACACACACAUGAGAGUCAACACAGGAGACAAACCGUUUCCUUGUGAACAUAGAUUUAGGCAUAAGACAACUUUAAAAGCCCACAUGGGAGUCCACACAGGAGACAAACCGUUUACUUGUGAAGUUUGUGGACAAAGUCCUAAGACACAUUUAAACAGACACAUGAGAAUUCACACAGGAGAGAAACCAUUUCCUUGUGAGCUUUGUGGGCGAAGAUUUAGUCGGAAGACGACUUUAAAUUCCCACAUGAGGGUCCACACGGGAGACAAGCCGUUUACUUGUGGACUUUGUGGACAUAGAUUUAGUCGGAAGACCACUUUAAAAGCCCACAUGGGAGUCCACACAGGAGACAAACCGUUUUCUUGUGAAGUUUGUGGACAAAAAUUUUGUCGGAAGACAAAUUUAGACAGACACAUGAGAGUCCACACAGGAGAGAAACUUUUUCCUUGUGAACUUUGUGGACGACGAUUUAUUCAUAAGACACAUUUAGACACACACAUGAGAAUCCACACAGGCGACAAACCAUUUCUGUGCGAUCUUUGUGGACAAAGAUUUGGUCAGAAGGCAACUUUAAAGGAACACAUGAGAGUCCACACAGGAGACAAACCGUUUCCUUGUGAUCUUUGUGGACGCAGAUUUAGUCAUAAAACAACUUUGAACGAACACUUAAGAGUUCACACUGGAGACAAACCAUUUCCUUGUGAAGUUUGUGGACAAAGAUUUAGUCGGAAGACGCAUAUAAACACACACAUGAGAAUCCACACAGGAGACAAGCCGUUUCCUUGUGAUCUUUGUGGUCAAAGAUUUAGUCGGAAGACAUCUUUAAAUGAACACUUGAGAGUCCACACUGGAGACAAACCGUUUCCUUGUGAAGUUUGUGAACAAAGAUUUAGUCGGAAGACACAUUUAAAUACACAUAUGAGAGUCCACACAGGAGACAAACCGUUUCCUUGUGAUUUUUGUGGACAAAGAUUUAGUAGAAAGACUACUUUAAUUGAACACUUGAGAGUCCACACGGGGGAAAAACCCUUUCCUUGUGAAGUUUGUGGACAAAGAUUUAGUCAUAAGACACAUUUAAACAUGCACAUGAGAGUCCAUACAGGAGACAGACCGUUUCCUUGUGAACUUUGUGGACGUAGAUUUAGUCGGAAGACGACGUUAAACGAACACUUGAGAGUCCACACUGGAGACAAACCGUUUACUUGUGAAGUUUGUGGACAAAGGUUUAGUCGGAAAGCACAUUUAAAUGACCACUUGAGAGUCCAUACUGGAGACAAACCAUUUCCUUGUGAAGUUUGUGGACAUAGAUUUAGUCAGAAGACACAUUUAAACACACACAUGAGAGUCCACACUGGAGACAGACCGUUUCCUUGUGAAGUCUGUGGACAAAAAUUUAGCCUGAAGAAAAAUUUAGACAGACACAUGAGAAUCCACACAGGAGUGAAAACAUUCCUAUUGUAA